AUGGAGGCAAAACCUCAUUUGCACAUCAUCGGCACGGAGAGCGCGUCAGUAGCGCAAGAGAUCCCGGGGCAGAAGGAGACAGGCCGGGAAGAGCUCCAGGCACCCAACAUCAGGGUGACAGUAUCGAAACCGGAUUCGGAGCCGGGGCCGAAGGCUGGGGCCAGGACACCCCCUGUCGCAGCCGCCGUCUGCAAAGGAGCCCUGUCGGAUGCCUUGUGGAGCCCGGCGCGGUCGGACCCGGCUGCCGUCGUCGCCAGACUGUAG